UCCAGUGGUGUGACUGUAAAAGAUGAGACAGACGAAAUACAAAACAUUGAAAACUUUAGCUGUUUUAUUAGUGGGAUUAAUGAUGGUUAAGAUGUUUAUUCCUGAAAUACAUAGUGCACUAUAUAACAAAGUUGUUGGAAACCAAAACUUUAAUAACAACAGUCACAAACAAAUACGGGAAUAUGAAAGGAUUAAAGAUCGGAUAAAAGAAAACAGCCGUAAGAAUUUUAAGUUUUUUAUAUACGACUUACCUUCUUCACUUAAUAAAGACAUAUUACCAUGCGUUAUGAAAAGACUAGGACAGUGCUAUGGCUUGCUCAGCCAUGGGUUUGGAAGUGAAAUGUUCCGAACCGGAAAACAUCAGGAUAUAUCUGUGCGGAGCACAAAUCAAUUUAGCCUUGAAGUGGUCAUGCAUAACAAACUUCUACAUAAUCGUUUACGUACCAUGAAUAUGUCUGAAGCUGAUAUAUUUUACAUACCGGCCUACCUAGGAUUGAUGUCUUUCUGUAACAGAAAAGACACUAGAGAUAGAAUUCAAAUAUUAAAACAGUUUCUUGCAAAAAGUGAUUUUUUUCUCCAAGGACUACCGCAUUUUUCAUCAGCCUCUAAAAUAGAGCGUGAAAUGUAUUUCUAUUUUAAUGAAGGUUUUACUAAAAAUAUAACUUUUCUUGGUAUUGAGAAGCAAAGAAGUCAGAUUGAAAAAACUCAUGUUAUUGCUGUUCCGUAUCCAUCCUAUAUGCACCAUGACAUUGGGAGUCAAUCGUAUUUAACAACAGAACUUUCAGAAAGAGAUAUUUUUAUCCUGUUAGCAGCAGGAGAGAGGCGAAGCAAUCAAGAUCGAGCUAAACUGAUGGAUCAAUUUGAAAUAACUACUAAAAUGUCUUAUUUUGCGUUCAAAAAUAAAAAACGGAAUAACUCAUCAGAUAUGGUUUUGUUCUAUACGAACGAAUGUAGUGCUAGGGCAAUAGAAAACACUAUACCCUGGAUGUUAAAAUCUGUAUUUUGUUUGCAACCGCCAGGGGACUCGCCGACUAGAAAAUCAUUCUACGACGCUUUGUUAAGUGGAUGCAUACCUGUCAUAUUAACAGAGGGACAAUACAAUCCGUACCCUUUUCAAAGAUUUUUGAAAUACGAUGAUUUUUCGGUGUUGAUUCCCUUAAAGAACAUAACUUCAGAGAAUCAAAGUAUUUAUACCAUACUUAGAAGGAUUCAGAGAAGUGAAAUUGAAAGAUUAUACAAAAACAUUCGCCUAGUCGCUAGAUUUUAUCAAUAUUCUUUAAUAGGAAGAGGACAACUCAAUGAAAGUGACGCUCUUCAGCCUAUUUUUGCGGAAUUGGCUCAUGUCUAUAAUCUUAACUAUUCUUCGGACUAAUAGGUUUAUAUAAAAAUAAAGGUAAACAUCUGAUUAUAAACAUUCUGAAUAAUGCAUAAUUUGACUGUUUAGAAAAAAAGAUCUAAAGUUAAAAAGUAAAGUAGUCCUAUUAACUCAUUAGAUGAUCAGUUUCACAAAUCACCUCAACUGUUAUUAAAAAUGUUAAGCCGCAUGUAGUUAUUAUGCUAUUAAUAUAUAGCAAAAGCCCUAACAACAAACAGUAUUUAUAUUAAGGUACAAGACUAAAAGGAAUGUUUGGUAAACUUAAUGAUAAUUUUAUGUAUCUCAAAUGAUUUUGGUUUUCCAGGAGGAAAAUGGUUAGUUUAAGGUAGCACAAUACAAAGAUUUUAUAACUCCAACUCCUAAGUUUUAAAAUGCUGUAAUUUUCUUAAUAAUGCUUGAAAAUUUAUAACAGUGGUAGUUAUGGAUAGCUAACUGAUUACUCUUUCAAAUUAAAUCAAUGUUAGUAUUAUGCAACAAUUAUAAGUGCAACAAAUACGACGAGUGCC